AUGUCUAUCAGCUACUGGGAACACAAGGUCCAAAAAGCCAUCAUUCAAGCAUGGCCGACGAUCCGGAACAACUGGCACCUCGGCAUGACCGCAUUUGGCGGACCACCAGUUCAUUUCAAAAUUUUCCAUGACAAGUUUGUUUUGAAACUGAACUGGAUUGACGAGCAGAUGUACCAAGAGCUCUUUAGUGUCUCGCAAGCCUUGUCGGGUCCAGCAAGCACAAAGAUGCUUUAUUGUGUUAACUUGAUUCACAACGGCUUAUAUGGAGCCCUGAUUGCAUUCUUCAUUUGGAGUUUGCCCGGAGCUCUCGGGAUGUUUGGCCUUUCCAUCGGCGUCUCCAGUAUAAAGAAUACAUUACCUGGCGCAGUCUACGCCCUGCUGUCCGGGCUGAAUGCCGCAACUGUUGGAAUUAUUGCCUUGGCGGCCGUUGAACUAUCAAACAAAGCGAUUACAGACAAGCUGACUAGGAUUCUUGUCUUUCUCACUGGUACUGCCGGAAUGCUAUAUAAUGCGCUCUGGUACUUUCCAGUCCUUAUGUUCGCCUCUGGAUUUGCUGCUGUUACAAAUGACUACCGUUGGCUUCAACGCCUCGGCCGGAUUGCCAAAAAUACCUUUACACCUUCGAGCCCAUCAACGGGAGCGGGAAGUGAUGCAACUGAAAGAGAUGACCGCAGGGGCUCCAGUCACUCUAUCGCAACGCCUGAGGAACAUCCUACAACCUCUAGCGAUGACCCUGAGUCGCGCACUAUACCACAGGAGCAUCGGCUGAACUUCUCGUGGAAAUCUGGAACGGCUAUUAUCACAGCCUUUUUCAUCACCUUCAUCAUCGUAAUGGUUCUCCGUGGAGUCUUGCGUAACCCACCUAUCUUGUACAAACUCUUUGCUAACCUCUAUCUUGCCGGAACUAUCAUUUUGGGCGGUGGGCCAGUGGUGAUUCCGCUGCUGAGGGAAUACGUCGUGGCAGAGGGAUGGGUCAGUCCGCGGGACUUUCUUAUUGGCCUUGCCAUAGCACAAGCAUUUCCAGGACCAAACUUCAAUUUUGCGGUAUUUCUGGGCAGUCUCACCGCUGUUAAUAGCGGGCAACCCGCUAUUCUAGGGGCAAUCAUUGCAUACGUGGGCAUCUUCCUCCCGGGGAUGGCUUUAGUUCAUGGGACAAUGGGCGUUUGGAAGGUCUUGCGAAGCAAACCAUGGGUGAAAUCUGGGGUCAGAGGUGUCAAUGCAGGCGCUGUUGGUUUAAUUUACACAGCUGUGUACCGAAUUUGGCAGGUUGGGUAUAUAGAUGAGGGUUUCCAUUCUGGGAGAAGCCUGGGUGAUGAUCCGUGGUGGGUGGUUAUCACAGCGACAGCCUAUGUUGGGGGCAGAUACUUCAAUCUCUCCGCGCCACUCGCUGUACUUGUCGGUGCUGCGAUGGGAUUGGUAAGAUAUGGAGUUGUUAUGAGCUAG